GCAGUACGAGAAGCGUUACUGUCUCCUUUCAAGUGCCAGUAGGCGGAUCUGGAUCUGUACAGACACAACCAUCGUUUGAAGAUUCACUUUCAGCUGCUCAUGAUAGUGAAACAUCGGUUAUGCCUCUUCGAGCAGCCUGCAGCUGCAGCUCGUCAACAGGUACCGGUCAUGUGAAAGGAGAAAGUGACACACAAUCAGCUCAUAACUCUUGCAAGAUGGAGAUUCAUGCGAACAUUGCUGCUGAAAAUGGUGAGCCAGAUGGGCGAGAGUUAGCAGUAUCUGACACGACAGGAAGGGAAAAGCACACGACACCUUAUAAAGAAACAACAUCAUUCUGUGACGCGUACGAUCACAACAAUACACGUAUCACCAAUACAACGACACGUUUACGUCAGUUGCAUGACAAUGAAGUGAAGCAAGAUGCAUACGAUGAAUCUGUGCAGAGGGUGCUGCAAACUAAAUCAGCAGAUGAAGUUGAAGGUAAAGAAAGCAAUUUCAAUGGAGACCAUAACAUGGUUGAUGACGAAGGAAGUGUAGAUCAAGCAACUAUAGUAGUACAACAUAAUUCAGGUUCAAGAGACAUUUGUGAACGUUCUUCUAAGGCAAUAUUAAUAGAACACAAGAAGGAUAAUCCAGUACAUAUGGAAGAGAAAGAUAGUCAGAACUCGAGCUCACAGCUGUCCGAUAAAAGAUUACUGAGUGGGGGAUCAGGCAUUAGGUUAGCAUUACAACAACUACCAGAGUGCCAAAAAGACACCGCCACAUCAUACUUCUCUGCAGAUCAUAGCACAAAGGAAUUGUCUGAUAAUAACACUGCAGACAGUGAUCAAGAAACAGCAUUGCUUACUACAUGUGUAGUUGAAGAUGUCAUCAGUAAUACUUGUAGUGCAAGUACAGAGUCACCAAAGCCUAGCGAAGAGACACCUACUAAGGCUAUUAAUAGUUUUCCAAAGCAACUUGUUUCACCAAAAAUCAGAGAACUGCAAAAAGUGCUGGGAUUCAUCUCUGAUGAUGCAACAGAAAUAGAUGGAGGGACAACAGAUAUGACAAAAGCACUAAAUCCUUUUGAUAAAAGAGCUGCACAAGAUGUUCAUAAGUUUGGUUUAUUGAAAACCCCACCUAUAGGCAGCCAUUCAUUUCCUUUUCAUGGUGACUAAGUGUAUUGCAAGUUGAAGAGAUGUAUAUAUCUAGUGGUAAUAUACUAGCAAGUUGUGUGAGCAUAUAUAAAGAUAUUACACUACUCUGCUCUUAG